AUGACGCUCUUUGGGCAUAUAUAUAGAAGUGCAUUCAAGAUCUCGAUUGGUAUGUUCCCGUAUCAAUUGGUGCUUGGUAAAUCUUGUCAUCUACUGGUUGAACUUGAGCAUAAGGCUUUGUGGGCCUUGAAAGUCAUGAACUUGAAUUGGGAAGAUGCGUCGAAGUAUCAAGUAGACCAACUCAAUGCUUUGGAAGAGUUUUGGCUUCGAGCUUAUGAGAGCUCAACCCUUUAUAAGGAAAAACUGAAGAAAUGGCAUGAUGCAAAAAUCCUUCAUCGAGAGUUUAAAGUUGGUGAUAUCGUGCUGAUUUACAACUCUCGUUUGAGAUAA